GCAUACUAACAAUAUGUUUAAAUUUAAAAUCACAUUUCUUGUACAUUUUGCUGUUUGUGUUACUUGACAGUUAAAAAUGUAUACUCCUUUCAGGCAAAUGGCUGAUCCAGAAGAAGAGGCAAAUGAUCUGGCUGAAGCAGAUAAUGAAGAUCAAGCUGUAGAGGACACUUCUAUCGUAAAACAAACAGAAGAAAUUACAGAUGUUGAAGAUUCUACCAAGGAGCAGACGGAUACAAUACACUUGAAUGACGCAGGUCUACCGUCAAGGCAGGAAGACACCCCUGAAUCAACAACACAAGAACUGGGUGUUUCUGAGGAACCAAUGCAACAGCAGGAUGCUGCUACAGAACAAGUACAAGGGCUAGAUGAAUUUGAGGACCAGAACAUUAGUCAGGAACCAGCACAGAAUGUAGGUGUUGCUGAGGAGCAGUUGCAGAGGAUAGAUGCUGCAGAAGAUCAAACCACAGCCAAGGAACCAGCCAGAGAGGAAGAGCUAGUUGGUGGUCUGGCUGCAGCUGAAGGAUUGACAUUGGGGUUGGACAGAGUACUCCCAGAUUUUCAGAAAGAUGUUUCACUGUUCCAAGAUUUUGUCCAGGAAAUUCAACCAACUGGAGUUGAGGGUGCUUUGGCAUUUGAAAGUAAAGGUGUCUUUGAAGGUGUUUCUGAACAUCUUCCUGGUUUAGCAGCUGUUGUUGCAGAAGCCUGUUGUUCUGAAAUUUCAGAAAGUGUAGAAAAUGCUAUCAUCACAGUUAAAUUCAUGCUACAUCCCGAUAUCCAGAUUUUCACAAAGUCUUUUAACAUUAACCAAAAUGUGGAGCAAAUCAAGCAGUACUUUGCAAAGCGAUUAAAAAUACCGCUGGAUGUUUUACAAUUUAUGUUGCUAGGGAGAACAAUUGAAAAUUAUGAAACCCUCUGGAAUCUUGGUGCGCAACCUAAUGGGACAAUACAAUUGGAUAUGUUCUCAGUGGAUGAAGAAAACUUUCCAAUCAAAGCAUACAAACUCCUGCAUGAAUUCUACAUGCCUGAUGUUAUAACUGUUCGAGUUCAAACAGAGCCAGACACAUUUCAGGAAGUUUCUAUAGAAAUUAAAAGACCAAUGUUUGAAAAACCAUUCUUGGGUGGAUUUAGACAUAAGCAAACAGGAACAGAAUACCAUAAUGCAGGAUCACAGACAGAUCCCAAAAAACAUCCAGACAAAGAAUAUGAAGAGUUCUGUAGGUCAACACAGACAGUGGUAGAAAGAAGAAAAUUACAACAGACCAGAAAUACAACUUCCACACAAAUGACGAAAAUUGGUGUUUAUGUGUCAAAUAUCACUGAUAAGCUUAUAGAACCAAAAGAAUAUGUGACAGCUGAUGAAUAUCAUGCACAACGACUUAAUGCAACAAUUGUGUUACAAACCUAUUAUCGACGAUGGCUAGCUAUUCAAUGGGUAAACAAACUAAAAGAACAAUUAAGGUUGAGAAUGGAAUGGGAAAGGGAAGAAGAACUAAGAAAACAGAGAGAGAAGGAAUUAAAUAUGCUAAGGGAGUAUAAUCGAAGAAUGCAUCCUAAAACAAAGGAUGAUUUUGAAUUACUUUAUCAUGCUUUAGAAUUAUGGAGACAAGAGGAAGUUGAGCACAUCAACAGCACUUUCACUGGAGCUGUACGGAAAGCGGCUCUCUGUGGACUUUUAGAAAAAGAGACGCAGCUGAUUGCUUCCAUUGGGAGACAUAAAAUAAGUGUAGCAGAAGAGAACCAGGAAAAAGCAAUCCUGUCCUUUCUGGAAAAGUGUGCAGAACCAAAAAGGUGGAAAGCAUUUGAUGGCAGAACCACAGAAAUGGAUACACAAUUCACACUGCGGGCCAGGGAAUUACUUGAAAUCUAUCGCAGCAUUAGUAUGAAAGAUCUUCCCCAAGAUGAGCGGCUAGAUGUGCUGUUAACCCUGAAACAUACAGUGAAGGAACAUGAAUGUAACCUCACACAUGAAAUAGUGGAAUUAAUUGAUAGAGAAGCAGACCUCAUGAUGAGGGCAGUGAAGGAAUGUAAUUUACAAGGACUUCGACAAAGAAUCUGUACAUUAUUUCUUCAGUAUAUUAAAACACCACUUUUUAAUCCAGAGGUUGCAAGACUUCUCAAGGUACCAGCUGAUCCAAUGAAGCUUUAUCACAACAUCCACUUUUGCCUUGGUUGCAAAAAAUAUCUGCCUUCUACUAGUUUUGCCAUAUCUGCUAGUUCUCACGCCGUCGGCCGGUGUCGUCUGUGCUGCAAGCUGGACAAUGAGGCUCGUAAGAGGGAAGCCUUUUUGAAGUACAAACGGAUGCUUCGAAAUCUCAGAGAGUCUGAAAUGAAAUAUAACGAUGGUGCUAAGAUUGCCUUUCUACUUCAGCAGCAAGACUUACACUACAUGGUUGAAAAUUUCUGGGGUUCUCAGUCAGCUCUUAGUGCUUGGGAUGAUCUCUAUGAUUUGGUCAUGGUUAGGUGGAAUAAGUGGUACGAAUGGUCUCCCUGGAACACUAUUCUCAUCACAAAGGAUGAAGCUGAAGCUCAUCUUCAGCUGAACGAUCUUGAAAAGGCUUAUGAGAAGGUGUUCAUUCACAGGAUAAAGCACAAGCAAAUGCUUGCAAGGAACUAUUUCUCUCAGUUUCCAGAGCUGGCAGCUGCUCUUCAUAAAAGUGACAAGCAAACUAACACAGAUCUUUUAGUUACAAAGUCUGUAAUGACUGUUCCACCAAAGUAACACUUUAAACACCUAAGAGAAUGUUGCUGAAAGCGGGCUGAUUGUGAGCUUAAAGAACAUUUGUUUGCAUGCCCUAGAUUUUUCUUAAAACUGUAGUGGCAAAACUGCAACUUAAAACUUGAUUUCUGAUUCAUUAUUAUUACUCUGCACUUGCUCUUUCACAUACAUCUCUUUGGUAUACAAUAUACUUUUGGUAGAAUAUGUUGUGUGCUGCCCUUUAAUCAUUCUUCCUUUUUGGAAAAAAGAAUAUAUUGGUACCCUAGCCA